ACUGUCACGCUUCAUACUGCAGAGAUGGAGGAAAAUAUAACAUCAAAGGUUGAAGAUCUGGUAGAUGAUUCUAAUGAUAAAACAUCAAAAGAAAUAGAUCCAUAUGUGGAUGUACUUGGCAAUGGUCAGAUAAAGAAAAAAGUUCUAAAAAAGGGCAAAGAUGAUACACGGCCGAAUAGAGGUGAUAUAUGUACAAUAAAUAUUGUUGGUACACUGGAUGAUGGUACAGUAGCAGAAAGAUAUAAUGAUUUGACGAUACAGAUAGGUGACAUGGAAGUAGUACAGGGAUUAGAUUUAACAAUUGUAUUGAUGGACUUGGGUGAAAUUGCUGAAAUUAUAAUUCAUCCUAGAUUUGCUUAUGGCGCAUGUGGAAAUGACCCUAUACCACCUAAUGCCACUAUUACUUAUACAGUUGAAUUAAAAGCAAUAGAACCUCAGCCUGAGAUAGAAAAUAUGAGUAUCAAUCAAAGGAGGGAAAUAAGCAAUAAGAAACGUGAACGUGGAAACUGGUGGUUUAUUCGCAAGGAUGCUAUUUGUGCAGUGCAAUGUUAUCGGAGGGCAUUAGAAUAUUUAACACCAAAUACUGCUACAAGUUGGAAUGAAAAAGUAGAAGUAGAAACUACAGAUGCUGAAUUGCAAGCUCUAUUGGAUGAUCGUAUAAAAGUAUAUAACAAUUUGGCAGCUGCAUUAAUGGAAAAAGGAUCUUUCUAUGAAGCUUUAGAUCAUUUAGAACAAGUUUUAAAAUAUCAACCAACAAAUGUAAAAGCUUUAUAUAGAAAAGCAAAAAUAUAUGCAAUAAGAAAGUAUUUAGGAUUGGAAACUGUGAUUGCUUAUCAGGCACACAAAUUCGAAACUCCAUCCACAGCUCCGCCGAAAAUUAUCAAUUUGGAAGUCGUUGAGGUUGAUACUCGUGAAGUACCUAUAAUACAUCUGAGAUGGCAAAGUCCACUUCUUCCGCUUAACGGCAAAUUACGUGAUUAUGGUUUUUGCAUACAAUGUGAAUGUAACCGAACCAGGUCCAUCUGCUUUCGUGACUGA